GAACUAUUGAAAAAAAGUAACUGGUGGGAGGGUUUUCGUUACUGACACCCACACGCGCACAGAAAUAAUUUCUGGGCUCCAAUGAAAAAGUUGAUCUCAAAAGAAAUAUCCUAUGGACAUGAUGUCUUGGCGGAAAGAAGAACUAACUCUUCACACACAGUUACAAUAAAGGUUUGAAGAGGAAGAACUUGUUUGAAGAACAAGGGAGGAGGUAUUUAGUACAGCUACUAUAUAGAAUAUAGAUAUAGAUUAUUCCGGCUUCGGGUCGCUUGGGUCUUUCGAAACUAAACGGUGGUGCGUGGUGCGGUUACCUGUGUUGGCCUGUUGGGCUUCUGCUUGGAUUUAACUGCUGUUGGGUCAACCUAAGCCGCUGGAAUGCACCUGUGAAGCGAAUAGCAAACGUGAGUGAACAGUGAGCGCUGAGCCGCAUCCAGCCGCCCGCAACCCAGCAACUGUUGGAAAACACUUGUACCGGAACGGUCAUACUCUUUUGUAGUGGGAAUAAUAAACCUCUAUCGUUAUUCGUUACGCGCUUUAUGUUAUUUAUACCUAAUAAUACCGUUUCAUGGCUUUCAAAUAUACAAUUUAAUUGUCAUUUUGUCAACUGAGGAAUACAGAAAGACUAUAUAUUUUGUCGAAAAAAAGGAACCUUCAGAAUGAACAUAAAGCGAAUGCACCUCGCGUGAUAUGCCGAAAUGGAAGAAAAAAUAGAAUCACGAGUUUACAGAGUUGAGGCUUUUAUAAUACCAAAAGCCAAUUGCACCGAGAAUCCAAAUCCAGAUAUUAUUAACACUAAAGUAGACAAUCUCAAAUUCUCUAAUAAAGUGGAAUUUCCAUUGUCGCAAUUAAUUGAAGAAAUAAAACAAGAAGAAGAAAAAGAAGAACUAAAAGAAGAAGAAGAAGAAGAAGACAAAGAUCUGUUGCGUAAAUCAAAUAAUGCAGAAAACCUUUCCUCAAACCAAGUUGAUAUUGAAUUACCCGAAUCUCCAGAGCACCUCAAUAUCAGUGACUCAUCAAAAAAGGAUUCAAUCAACAGUUUCAAUGAGUAUCAAGAAGGGCCCGAUUUUGAUAUUUUAAUUAAAAGUCCGGAACUGCGCGAAAGUUACUCCAGUCAAAUAGAAGGAGAUGAAAAGGAAGACCCUUCCGAAGAUCAAACCCGGAUUUUCCCCGGUCUCAAGAAAUGUCUCGCCGACUUUCUCGAGGAAGAGCAAAAAGAGAAGAAGAUUCAGAAGGAAUCUUGGAGUACAAAGAAAGAAGAUGGAAGUGAUGACGAUAUCGUCGAAGAGAGUUUAAAAGAAGAAUCGCUCAUUAUGUCAGCUGAAGAAACUGAAGAAAAAAUCGAGGAAGAAGAGAUUGAAGAAACAAAAGAAGUGAAUGAAAUUUACGCGAAAAGGAAUAAUAUAAAAAACCCUAAAUGUACAGAUUACCCAAUUUACGACGAGCCCUUCGUUGGUACCUAUAAUCGAGACCCGAGAAAUUCCAGACACACACUACACCCAGAAUUGAACCUAAAGUCUCAGGGUAUUGUUCCUUACAGUAAACCUCCCAGAAGAUGCCACAGUUUGAAAUCAAUCGAUGAAGGAGUGGAAAUUCUCGACACGAAUUUCGAGGACAUUUGCUACCACGGUCACAAAAACGGAUGCACAGUGGCCGUUCAGAAACCAGAGGACGUCAGUCAGGAUAUCUUCAGGGACAACUGGAUGCAGAGGCUGGAAACACUUCGACAGAGAGAGGCGCUACUCCGAGACAAGGAAGUCGCGCUGCAGAGCAGAGAGAGGCUGCUCUUCAAGAAGGAAAAGGAGCUUCGAAUCCUCGAGAGAAUGGUCAAGGAUAGAAUGCAGCAGGCAGAGUUGUACUUGAAGCGCUGUAAGAAUUCUCAGAGUUUGGAGAACGUCUUCGAGGAGAAGAAUGUCGAGAGCAAGUCGCACUCUGACGGCGUCGGAGGUUCGAGAGGCGGAUUCGUUCUCAAACCCGCAAACAAUGAUAAACGAGUGCCUUUUGUUGGCGAAGGUUUGUGGCUAAAAGCCCCAGAGCUGAAGUUCGAUGUGCAGAAGGAAAAUUGGAAAAAUCCUCCUCCUCCGAGAAGUUCCUUGACCCUUCCUUCGUACAGCAGCUUCAGAUCUAAGCCCAGGCCAAAAAUCUCUUACGAUGAUUUAGACUCGACUUUGUCCGCUGGCGAUGUGUCACAUAUAGUGACCUCGAGGAAAUUCGAUCCGGUCGUUUUCAAAAAACCGGCGGCAUUUUCCAGAUCGGCGAGCGAGCGAAGGCCCAAAACAGAUUGCACGAAUAUAAUAACCAAGGGGAAUAAGUGUUCGAAUAAGGAGGAAUAUCAGACAGCUGAUUUUGAAGAGAACAAAAUCAUGCGGAAGGUCAGCGAGAAUAUUUUCGUGUCCCAAGACAAAGAUACCAAGUAUCAGGACUAUGGGAUUAUCGAUAAGAACGUGGAUGCUGCCGUAAAUUCGAGGCUUAAAUCGGACGAAGAGGAGAAGAAGUAUGGCUAUUUGAAUUUGGAGGUCGAUGCUUCGAAAUCGAAGAGAAAGAGUUCGAAGGGAUUGAAAACCAGGCCCACAUCGUGGAGUGCGGAGACUGACAACUGGCUGCAGAAAAAGAGGGAAGCCUACAAUUCAGCGAAUAGAAAAUGUGUACAUAAUUUAGAUAAGGAGAAUAAUCUCGAUUUGAAUCCAAAAACAAAGCCGGCAACGGCAAAGAAAAAAUGCGUCAAGGGAAAGAAAUUCAGUAUUUUUCGAUAGGAAUUUCUAUUUUCUGUACAAAACCAGUUGAAAACGCUAAUAAUUGUGACUACCGUCGCAUGCAAUGAAAUUGAAAGUGCAGUUUGUGUAAAUACUCGCACGCACGAAGCUUUUGUAAG